AUGGAAAAACGGGCGGGGAGGAAAGCAGGGGGAGGAAGGAUGGAGGAGGGAGGGGGACGGAGGGAGGAAAGGGGGGAGGAAAGGAGGGAAGGGGGGAUGGAAAUAGCGGGGGGUGGGGGAGGGAGGGGGAAAGGAAAGGCGAGGAAGGAGGGAGGGGACGGAGGGAGGGAGGAAGGGAAAGGGAGGAUGGAGGGGAAAGGGGGAAGGAGGUGGAACGGAGGGGAGGAAGGAGGGAAGGAGGGGGAAGGAGGGAGGGGGGGGAGGGGAGGAGGCGAAAACAUGGGAAACACUCUCCCUUGA